CAAAAUGUCUUGUCAAAAUUUGAAGGUUAUGAUUUAUAUUUUAAAAUUUUAUAAACAAAAAUAAAUGAUACCGCUAUGAUGAUACCCCCUAACGUACAUCCUACUUUAUUUAUAAACAAGGAUUCCAAUUAUAUUUUAUUUAAAACAGCAAUUUAUUUUGCAGAACUUGGAUUAAAUGUGUGGUUUAUAUCACCUAAAGUUUUUGACAAGAUCCCUGACAAUAUUACAUCUCCUGAUAAAGAAACUUUAGAAAUAAUAACUUUUGUGUAUCUUCAAGAUUACAAAUCCUUAAUUAAUCACUUAAAUGCAAUACAUUUAUGGCAUAAGAUGCCAAGGGUGAUAAUAUUAGCUGGAUUUGAGACAUAUACAAACUUGUGCAAAGAAAAAUACAACCCACUCUUAUCAGGAAUAGUAUCUUGCUCCAUUCUAGAUAGUGCUUCUGUGUGUUUCAAGAAAAAUGAAAAACCCACUUUCAUCAUAGCUUCAACUGAAGAAGUUCCAGGCACUUACAUGGAUAGAUUUCAAGCUAUUCAUGACUUAUAUUUUCCUAAUGUCAUAGAACAAGGUUUCUGUAGACCUGUUUCUUCCAUUAAUUCGAAGGCGAAAUUGACAUUGUGAACCUUUUGAUCAAAUUCGUGUGGAGUCAAAUGAAAACUAUAAUGUGGCACAAAAAAUCCUUCCAACAAACCCAUCAGCAUAAUCAAAUAUACUCCAUCAUGAAACUGGCUUUCAAUUUCUGUUACUUCAAAGUUCAUCUUAUUCAAGUGUUUGUUGACAAAUGUUACCAAGGACUAAAAAAAAUGUUUA